AUGUCUCCCUCGUUUUUAGGCAGGAAAGUUGGUCCUGAAUUCAUCAACAAGGAGUAUCACGAUUACCUCAAACAGCAAGUCAAGCAAAGUCAUAAAUCAGUCAAAGAAGAAAAAUCAGCCAGCGUAGGAUCAGAUACUCCGCGAAGUGCAUCACCUAAAGUCGAACCAGUCCCACCGCAGGGACAGAAAGCGCGGUUGCAACGAAAGCGCGAAGAAAUGAGAAAGAGAGGAAUAUUCGUACAAGCCGACAGUUUGGAAGAUUUGCCAACUGUAUUUGAGAAGACUGAAGUGCAGUUUCGCCCCUACAUAUGUCCAGCUGUGAAUAGGAAGCUGCGCUGGAAGAAAAAGCUCGACAAGCAUCCUAGGAAGAAACCAAUGCAGAAGAAAGCCAGAAAGGAAAGCAAAGAAAAGGAGCAGGUGAAAUGGUUCAUGCAGCUCACAAUUUCAAGCGAUGAAACGACCACAACCACUGAAGCUGCCACGACUACCGAGGAACAACCCACUAAAACCCAGGAAACUGCCAAUUUUCCUCCCAAGCAUACGUUAGAUGGAGCUAGGAAAAUACUGCAAGUUGCCUUCAGAGAUAAGGAGUCUGAAAAAAUCCUUACCUCGUACGAAAACGAUGUGAUUGUGAAGCUUUUCUCUGGAAAGAUUCCGUUUGACGCCAAUGUAGUUUAUCGACAAGAGGCAGAGAAGGAAACAACUGGUAUUAAUUGGGCCAAAAUCCUGCUGCUCUAUCCACGCCAGCGAUCUUUCGACGACGGUGCCGCCGACGUUUUUGGAAACUUCACGCGAGCACGACGUGGACAUUGGCUGUGGGGAUGCAUUUUUGGUCCAAAUGAUUCCAAGUCAUUUGAUGAGGUUGACAGAGAGAAGAAGUCACAGGUACAGUUCGCCCAACAUUCAACCAAACAGCUGAAAUUAGAUAUGACCUGA